AUGGCGCCGAAAGCUAAAAAGAAAACGAUCUCGUUGAACGAGUUUGCUGCUGAAGAGUUCGAAAAAAAUGCUCUGCCGACAGCCUCUGAGGGUCUUGCCCUAGUCAGAGGUAUAGCACUAUUAAGAACCACUAUAUGAUUACCAACUUUACGUGGUGAAACUACAUAUUACAAUUGGUUUGUGACAGACUUGUAGUUCUCUCCCACAACUGCAGUACUCUGAUGUACUAUCGUGGGCUUCAAUCUAUCUUUAUCAAUUCCUUGCAGCUCCGAAGGGUGGUAAGAAGGGAGACCGCGAUGGCGGAGGUGGCUUUGGCGGAGGCGGCAAGGGAGGAAGGGAUGCCGAUGAUAUGGCCGAAACAGGUGUGUGGCGUCGAGGUGGAGGCGAUGGCGGUUUCGGCGGAAAGGGCGACCGCGGAGGCGGCUUCGGCGAUCGCGGUGGAGGCGGCUUCGGCGAUCGCGGCGGAGGCGGCUUCGGCGAUCGCGGUGGAGGCGGCUUCGGACGCGGAGGAGGCGAUCGCGAUGGUGGAUUCGGUAUACUAGAAUUCAAGAAAACGGACAUGAAUUUAUUUUGAAGAACUGUUUUUUACUUUAUGAUAGAUAUAUUUUCAUAUUUAUUGAUAGUUCAAAUUCUAGGUCGCACGGGUUCUCUGCGAGGAAACGAGGACUCGCGAGCUGACACUGGAGACUGGUUCGCAAAGGAGAAACCAAGUGGAGGUUUCGGAGACCGCGACCGGGGAGGAGGUGGCGGCUUUGGCCGCGGAGGCUUCGGUGAUCGAGGAGGCUUCGGCGAUAGAGGUGGAUUCGGCGAGGACGCUCCGUCACAGCGUCCGAGGCUUCAACUGA